ACUCCCAGAAUGCUUUGUGCCGGGGCCAUGAGGGGUGGAGUCGACGCCUGCCGGGGGGACAGUGGUGGCCCCCUGGUAUGCGAAACGGUUUAUGGGGACUGGCGGCUGGCGGGUGUGGUCAGUUUUGGUCGUGGAUGUGCACGGCGGAAUAAACCUGGUGUUUACACACGAGUGACAUCACUACUGCAGUGGAUCAAACGAUACAUACAGGAUGAAGAGCUCGUUGACACUGACGACACUUUGGUGUAUUAUUGAUCUCUGUAACGGGGGA